GCGAUUUUCUUCUUUUAGGGGUAAGUGGACAUAAGAAAAAGCUUCUCAAAAAAUCAACAUUGAUGCUCACUCUAUAGUUUUUUUUUGUCCUUCACAGGUAUCAUGCAAGAUUAUUAUGACCAGCACGUUUUUACUGACAUACCCGAUGCGCAAUUUCAACUCAGUUGGGCUGGUACCUUGAUGGAAGUUUUCGUCAACUUGAUGAGUCCAUUGGCACAAGUCUUGGCCUCCAUUUUUGGUUUCCGAGUCGUCUUGAUUGCCGGUACCAUUUUGGCCUCUCUUGGUCUGGAAUUGGCCGGUUUUAGUACAAAGAUUUGGCAUUUGUAUCUGACGCAAGGUGUUUUAUUCGGUGCGGGUGCUUCUUUCUUAUGGGUGAUUGCCAUGGGCAUUACUCCGCAGUGGUUCAAUCGUCGUCGAGGUCUUGCCCUGGGUUUGGCCGCCAGUGGUGGCGGUAUCGGUGGUCUUGUGUUCCCCUUCUUCCUGACCCCGCUCAACAAUACACUCGGUGUUGGCUGGACUUACCGCAUCCUCGGUUUUGUGUGCCUCGUCUGUGAUGUCAUUACCUGUAUCGUGAUCAAGGAGAAGUUCCCGGCCAAGAAGCGCAUGAAGAAAUUGAGUGCCAUUCUUUCCCUUGAUGUACUCAAGAACAGCACAUUUGUUAUCUGGAUUAUCGGUUCUGUCAUUUCGCUCGCUGGUUACUUUGUGCCUUACUUUUUUGUUCCAUCUUAUGCCAGUUACAUUGGUCUGACUCCGUCUCAAAGUUCCGUGCUCAUUGCUGUCAUGUCAGCUGCUAAUUUCACCGGUCGUGUGGUGGUUGGCCAGAUCGGCGAUAUGAUUGGUCGACUGAAUGCAGAUAUCAUCUUCACCUUCAUUUGCGGUUUAAGCAAUCUUUUGAUCUGGAAUUUCGCUUACAGCUAUGGAGUGUUGAUGGCGUUUUCCGUCAUUUUCGGUCUCACCUGUGGUUCUUACUUUGCGUUGAUGUCACCUAUUACGGCCACGAUUCUCGGCAUGGAAAAAUAUCCCACUGGUUUAUCAGUGUUGAUGUUAUUCAGUAUCCUCGCCGUUUUUGGUCCCAGUAUUUCGAGCGCCAUCGAAACCCAUGUGAAUGCCGAACCCUACUUUACCUACAAAAUGUUCGCCGGUCUCGCUUACGUGAUAGGCGGUGUGAUUCUCGUUAUCUUGAAGAUGAAGAUGUGCAAAAACAAGAUCUUUGCCAAAAUUUAGACUUUUUUUUCUGUCCAAAAAUUUGCUCCUCAAUUUAUUUAAACCCAUAUUCCCUCUCCCCCUCCCGCAACCUAGGUUCUUUUUCACUCAUCUUUUUGUGCAUAUAAACCAAACCAUCAUAUCAUUCAAUAAUACAAAAUAAAACGAAAAAUAAUGAUGAAAAAAAAU